AGCGGCCUCGGGGAAGACAGAUGGGGUGAGAGACAGCGCGGGUCCGGCUGUCAGCGGCCGAGCCACGCCGCGGAGGGAGCCCCUCCUCCCGCCGUGCGCGCCCGGCCGGGGCAACCAUGGCGUCCAGCGAGGAGGACGGAGCCGGUAACGGUGCGGUGGAGGAGAAAGAGAAGGGCAAGAAGCGGAAGCUGGGCGCCCUAGCCACGGCCUGGCUCAUCUUCUACAACGUCGCCAUGACCGCGGGGUGGCUGGUAUUAGGUAUUGCCAUGGUGCGGUUUUAUAUACAGAAAGGAACACAUAGAGGCUUAUUCAGAAGCGUUCAAAAGACGCUUAAAUUUUUCCAGACAUUUGCUUUGCUUGAGGUAGUCCACUGUGCAGUUGGAAUAGUUCGCACAUCUGUGCUUGUGACUGGGGUCCAAGUGAGUUCAAGAAUCUUCAUGGUGUGGUUCAUUGCACAUAGUAUAAAACAGAUCCAGAAUGAGGAGAGCGUUAUUCUUUUUCUGGUGGUAUGGACUGUGACAGAGAUUACUCGAUAUUCCUUCUACACAUUCAACCUGCUCAACCAUUUGCCAUACUUCAUUAAAUGGGCCAGAUACAACUUUUUUAUCAUUUUGUAUCCUGCUGGAGUUGCAGGUGAACUGCUAACCAUAUAUGCUGCUUUACCCUAUGUGAAGAAAACAGGAAUGUUUUCACUGAGACUUCCCAACAAAUAUAAUGUCUCCUUUGACUACUAUUACUUCCUAAUUAUUGUCAUGUUCUCCUAUGUGCCAUUAUUUCCACAACUCUACUUCCACAUGCUGCGGCAGAGAAGAAGGGUGCUUCAUGGAGAAGUGAUUGUGGAAAAGGACGAUUGAAUCAAGAUGUGUAACUAUGGUGCUUUUGGUGGAAAACAAAAAGGAGGGUAAAACCUCAGUACUUCCUGUGAUUUUUCUGAGUCCAAGUUUUAAAACAUGGAACAAGAAUAAACAACUGUGCAUAAAAUA